CAUGUGACGGCGACUGGGCAAAGAUGGCGCUGCAGCGGCUAUUGGAAUAACCAGUACUCGUUACUCUCCUGUAGACAGCAAGACGUUCCGCAGUCGUGAAAAACGCACGCAUUUCUGAAGACAGCAGUCUACCUAUGAGAUCAACCCGUCAUCUUUCGGGAAAUCCGCGCCUGCAAUGGCAUCGGUUCCCCAGAGUUUGCUAGCAGGCUAUCCGAUUUAAGUAGCCUGACUGAGAGGGGGGACGCGAAUAUCGGACGAGAGAAAUAAAUAAAUAAAUAAACUGUCUCUCUUCUCGCUCUGGUCGGAGAUGCUGCUGCAUUGGUAGUGCUGAGGGAAAGAUUCUCACACACUAGUGGGGAGGCAGAGGUUACGGAUAACGCAGCGUUGACUGCAAGAAAAGAAGCCACAAAGAGUGAGAAAUGUGUCCUUUUAGAAACGAAAUCGCCUGACUCUGGCGUCUUAAUUUAUUUUUCAUUUUCAAUAGUUAUGUUAUUUACUAUCCGUGAAAUAUAGCUCUCUGUGUGUGUUCGGAGAUCUGAGCGAUCCAUGUAACUUUCACUUACACUCAGUCCAUGAAAACGACUAAACCGGGCUUUGAUUUCUUGGGAAUUUUACCAGGAUCAUGUGGACACCUACAGAAGAUGAAAAAAUUGGAGUUGUGAUCUGUAACUUCAGAGGGACAGUGUCUCAGGGCCUGACGCUGGAGAUCGGGGAGACGGUCCAGAUACUGGAGAAAUGUGAAGGAUGGUACCGAGGAUUUUCCACCAGGAAACCCACAGCUAAGGGCAUCUUCCCAGCUAGCUAUGUUCACUUGAAGAAGGCGAUUGUGACCAACAGAGGGCCGUAUGAGACAGUGGUGCCCCUGGAAGACCCCAUCAUCACCGAGGUGACCUGCACCCUGCAGGAGUGGGCCGUCCUGUGGAAGCAGCUCUACGUGAAGCACAAAGUGGACCUGUUCUACAAGCUCCGCCACGUGAUGAACGAGCUGAUCGACCUGCGGCGCCAGAUGCUGUCGGGUCACCUGACCCAGGACCAGGUCCGCGAGGUGAAGAGGCACGUCACCGUGCGCCUGGACUGGGGCAACGAGCACCUAGGCCUGGAUCUUGUCCCCAGAAAAGAGUUUGAGAUGGUGGAUGCAGAUCAAAUCAGCGUCUCUGACCUCUACAAAAUGCACCUCUCCAGCAGACACAGCGUCCAGCAGAGCACGGCUCAGGGUGACAGCAUGCGUCAGCGUCAUGGCGAUUCUUGCCGCAUCCCUGUGCCGCACCACCUGUUCGUCAGCCUGAAGAGCUUCACCUACAACACCAUCGGCGAGGACACCGACAUCUUCUUCUCCCUCUACGACAUGCGGGAGAGCAAGCAGAUCAGCGAGAAGUUCAUGGUCAAGCUGAACAAGAACGGCGGACCCAAGAACCCGGAGAAAGUCGAUCGUCUGUGCGCUCUCUUCACGGAUUUGAGCAGUAAGGACAUGAAGCGGGACCUCUACAUCGUCUCCCAGGUCAUAAGAACCGGCCGGAUGCUGCUGAACGACUCUAAGAAGGGCCCGCCCCACGUGCAGUACCGCCGGCCGUACGGCUGUGCCGUGCUCGCCAUGAGCGACGUGCUCCAGACCAUCGCCGAGCUCAAGGAGGAGAAGGACUUCGUGCUCAAAGUCUACACGUGUAACAAUGAGAAUGAGUGGUACCAGAUCCACGAAAAUAUCAUCCGCAAGUCCAGCACCAAGUACACCGCCCCCAGCACCAAUUACGGUCUGAUCAUCUCCCUGCAGUUGCUGAGGGGGGAGAUGGAGCUGAUCCGCAGGGAGAACCCCAUGAUCUUCAACCGGGGCGUGGCCAUCACACGCAAGCUGGGCUUCCCUGACGUCAUCAUGCCAGAGAUGAAGAUAGCUGGGUGCGACAUCCGGAACGACCUCUACCUGACCCUGGAAAGAGGGGAAUUUGAGAGGGGGGGCAAAAGCGUGCAGAAGAACAUUGAGGUCACAGUCUACGUGCUCUACGCUGACGGCGAGAUACUGAAGGACUGUAUCAGCCUGGGUUCUGGGGAGCCCAGUCUCAGCGAGCACCGGUCCUUCGUGCUGUACCACAAUAACAGCCCCCGCUGGAGCGAGGUGAUCAAACUGCCCAUCCCCAUCGACCGCUUCCGCGGCUCCCACCUGCGCUUCGAGUUCCGCCACUGCUCCACCAAAGACAAGGGAGAGAAGAAGCUGUUCGGCUUCGCCUUCACCCCUCUGAUGAGGGAGGAUGGGACCACACUGUCCGACGAGAGCCAUGAGCUCUACGUGUACAAGUGUGAUGAGAACACCACCUUCAGUAACCACGCCCUGUACCUGGGCCUGCCCUGCUGCAAGGACGAUUUCAACGGCUGCCCCAACAUCCCAUCCAGCCUCAUCUUCCAGCGGAGCACCAAGGAGACCCUGUGGAUCUCCACCCAGCUGUCCUCCACCAAGCUCACGCAGAACGUGGACCUGCUGGCCCUGCUGAAGUGGAAGGCCCACCCAGACCGAGUGAUGGACAUCCUGGGGAGGCUGCGGCAUGUCAGCGGGGAGGAAAUCGUCAAGUUCCUGCAAGACAUCCUCGACACGCUGUUUUCCAUCCUGGAUGACAACACGGACAAAUACGGCCCUCUGGUGUUCCAGUCGCUGGUGUUCAUUAUCAAUCUGCUCCGGGACAGCAAGUACUACCACUUCCGCCCCGUCAUGGACACCUACAUUCAGAAGCACUUCGCCGGAGCGCUGGCCUACAAAGAGCUGAUCCGCUGUCUGAAGUGGUACAUGGAUCGCUCAGCUGAAGCUGUCCGGCAGGAUCCCAUCCAGGAGGCCAUGAGGGCGCUGGAGUACCUCUUCAAGUUCAUCGUGCAGUCGCGGAUCUUGUACUCACGGGCCACCUGUGGGAUGGAGGAGGACCAGUUCCGCUCCAGCAUCCACGAGCUCUUCCAGUCCAUCCGCUUCGUCCUGAGCCUGGACAGCCGCAGCUCAGAGACGCUCAUAUUCACACAGAGCGCCCCGCCUUCGGCCGGACAGCCCAGUGGUGCGGUCAGCUGUGUGCCGCCCUGGAGCUCCCAUGCUCCGCGGCCUUCUCCUCUCUCAGCGGCGCUGCUGAGCUCCUUCCCCGCCAUCUUCGACGAGCUGCUGCAGAUGUUCACGGUGCAGGAGGUGGCGGAGUUCGUGCGGGGCACGCUGGGGAGCAUGCCCAGCACGGUGCACAUCGGCCAGUCCAUGGACGUGGUGAAGCUGCAGUCCAUCGCCCGCACGGUGGACAGCCGGCUCUUCUCCUUCCCAGAGUCUCGGCGGAUCCUGCUCCCGGUGGUCCUGCAUCACAUCCACCUGCACCUGCGGCAGCAGAAGGAGCUGCUCAUCUGCUCUGGGAUCCUCAGCAGCAUCUUCUCCAUCAUCAAGAGCAGCUCUCUGGAGACCUCGGUGCAGGAGGAGGUGGAGAUGAUGGUGGAGAGCCUGCUGGACGUGCUGCUCCAGACCCUGCUGGCCAUCAUGAGCAAGUCGCAGCCUCAGGAGGCGGUAAGGGGCCAGCGCUGCCCACAGUGCACAGCUGAGAUCACCGGAGAGUACGUGUCUUGCCUCCUGUCUCUGCUGCGCCAGAUGUCAGACAUCCACUUCCAGCACCUUCUGGACAACUUCCAGAGCAAAGAGGAGCUGAAGGAGUUCCUGCUCAAGAUCUUCUGUGUGUUCCGCAACCUGAUGAAGCUGAGCAUCUUUCCCCGAGACUGGAACAUGAUGCGGCUCCUCACCAGCAACAUCAUCGUCACCACGGCCCAGUACCUCUCCCCGGCUCUGCACAAGAACUUCACCGAGGCCGAUUUCGAUUUCAAGGUGUGGAACUCGUACUUCAGCCUCGCAGUUCUGUACAUCAACCAGCCCAGCCUGCAGCUGGAGGCGCUCACCCCAGCCAAGAGAAAGAAGGUUCUAGACAAGUAUGGAGACAUGCGGGUAAUGAUGGCCUAUGAGCUCUUCAGCAUGUGGCAGAACCUCGGCGAGAACAAGAUCCACUUCAUCCCCGGGAUGAUCGGGCCCUUCCUGGGUGUGACGCUGGUUCCCCAGCCGGAGGUACGCAACAUCAUGAUCCCAAUAUUCCACGACAUGAUGGACUGGGAACAACGCAAGAACGGCAACUUCAAACAGGUGGAGGCGGAGCUUAUCGAUAAGCUGGACAGCCUGGUGUCAGAGGGGAAAGGGGACGAGAACUACCGUGAGCUCUUUAGCCUGCUAACCCAGCUCUUUGGGCCUUACCCCAGCCUCCUGGAGAAGAUCGAGCAGGAGACGUGGAGGGAGACAGGGAUCUCCUUCGUCACCUCCGUCACCCGUCUCAUGGAGCGGCUGCUCGACUACAGGGACUGCAUGAAAGGCGAGGAGACGGAAAACAAGAAGAUCGGCUGCACUGUCAACCUGCUGAACUUCUACAAGUCGGAGAUUAAUAAGGAGGAGAUGUACAUCCGCUACAUCCACAAGCUGUGUGACAUGCACCUACAGGCGGAGAACUACACAGAGGCGGCCUUCACCCUGCUGCUGUACUGGGAGCUGCUGCAGUGGGAGGAGCGUCCGCUCCGGGAGUUCCUGCAGUACCCCGCACAGAGCGAGUGGCACCGCAAGGAGGGGCUCUGCCGCAAGGUCAUCCACUACUUCAACAAGGGCAAGUGUUGGGAGUAUGGGAUACCUCUGUGCCGGGAGCUUGCUUUCCAGUAUGAGGCUCUGUUUGACUACCAAAGCCUGAGCUGGAUACGGAAAAUGGAGGCCGCCUACUACGACAACAUCAUGGAGCAGCAGCGGCUGGAGCCAGAGUUCUUCAGGGUGGGCUUUUACGGCAGGAAGUUCCCUUUCUUCCUCAGGAACAAAGAGUUUGUUUGCCGAGGACAUGACUAUGAGAGGCUUGAGGCCUUCCAGCAAAGGAUGCUGGGAGAAUUCCCUCAAGCUAUCGCCAUGCAACAUCCCAACCAACCAGACGAGGCCAUUUUACAGUGCGAUGCCCAGUACCUGCAGAUCUAUGCGGUCAGCGCGGUGCCUGAGAGCGCUGACGUGCUGCAGAUGGACCGCGUCCCCGACCGCAUCAAGAGCUUCUACCGCGUCAACAACGUGCGCCGCUUCCGCUACGACCGGCCCUUCCACAAGGGCCCCAAGGACCGGGAGAACGAGUUCAAGAGCCUGUGGAUCGAGCGGACCACCCUGAUCCUCACGCACCCGCUGCCGGGCAUCUCGCGCUGGUUCGAGGUGGAGAAGAGAGAGCUGGUGGAGGUGAGCCCCCUGGAGAACGCCAUCUACGUGGUGGAGAAUAAGAACCAAGAGCUGCGUACUCUCAUCAGCCAGUACCAGCACAAACAGCAUCUCCACGGCAACAUCAACCUGCUUAGCAUGUGCCUGAACGGGGUCAUCGACGCCGCCGUCAACGGCGGUAUCGCCCGCUACCAGGAGGCCUUCUUCGAUAAGGAGUACAUCAGUGGCCACCCGGAGGACACGGAGAAGAUCACACAGCUCAAAGACCUCAUGCAGGAACAGGUUCACAUCCUGGGAGUUGGCCUAGCAGUGCACGAGAAGCUGGUGCACCCAGAAAUGCGUCCCCUGCACAAGAAGCUGAUAGAUCAGUUCCAGAUGAUGAGGAGCAGCUUGUGUCAUUGUUUCUAUGUGGCCCUGCAGGGCCUCCCUGGCCUGGACAAGAUCAGCCCGGCCUGCUCUGGGGCCAGCACCCCCCGAGGCAUACUGGCCUCCCACAGCCCCAUGAGCCCAGAGAGCAUCAAACUCAUACACAGGCACAGCCCCCUGAACCUGAUUGGCUCAGUCCGCCAGUCCUCCUCCUCGCUGUCCUCUCACACGUCCAGUGAGGCGGGCAACCUGCUCAUCCUGACGGACGGGGCGGUUCUGGAGCACCCGGAGGACCUCUACCGCAUGCAGCCAAGCCCCUCCUCCUCCAGCCUAAGCUCCACCCACUCAGCCCCGUCUCAGAUGAUGAACUCCGCCCCCUCCAGUGCUCGAGUAGGCUCCCCGUCCCUGCCAGACAAGUACAGACACAAUCGGGAGAUUCUGAUGCUCCUGCCCCCCCACCGGGAGAGGCCCAGCAGCGCCAUGUACCCCGCCAUGACCGAGAAUGGGCAGCCCACCAACUUCCAGCGGGCGCUGUUCCACCAGGUGAUCGGCCCCUGCAAGCCCUGCAGCGACCCCAACCUGUCUGUGGCAGAGAAAGUCCUCAGUGCUCCCAGCAGCUGGAGCCUGGACAGUGGCACCCGGGAGGCACUGCCGUUCCUCGCUGCCCACGUGGGGAGUGUGAUGGCCCCCCCAGUCCCGCCCCGAACCCUGCCUCCCGGACACUUCUCGAUACACUUCGAUGCUUUCCACCACCAGAUCAGCGAGCUCCCUCCAGCCCUGCCUGCCCGCUCUUUACGAAAGUCUCCCUUACACCCCAUCCCUGCCUCGCCCACCAGCCCGCAGUCUGGCCUGGACGGCAGUAACUCCACCCUGUCUGGGAGCGCCAGCAGCGGGGUCUCCUCGCUGAGCGAGAGCAACUUCGGGCAGCCCUCGGAGCCCCCCCCUCGGGCCGACGCCCUGGACCCGCCCCCCGGGCAGCCCUGGGCCGCCGACGAGGACGGCGAGUCCCCCUACCUGCCCGUCCGCUACAGCGUCUCCGAGCCGGACGUCCUGGACUCCUCCAAGCCCACACCCUGCCGCAGCCACUCCGCCCCUGGGGGGGUCGCCCCCGCCCCGCCGGAGGGCCCCCCGCCGCACCUCCACCCCCACCCCCACUACCACCACGAGCCGCCCCCCGCCCUGCCCCCCAAGCCCUACCUGAGGGAGGGCUGCAUCCCGGAGGAGGACCUCCAGCCCACGCCCAGGCCCAUGCCCAUGCCCCGGAAGAUCUCCCAGCCCCUGCUCACCAACAAGGAGGAGCAGGCCAAGGUGGCCUGGGAGCACGGGGUCAGUGAGGAGUAGGGGCGGAGGGAGGGGCAGCCGAGGCCCAAGCGUUCGGGAAGGAAGGAAGGAAGGAUGGAUGGAUGGAGGGAUGGAAGGAGGGAUGAAAGGAGAGAAGUAUCAGCCCCGGAAGGAUGGGACGGGUGGAGAGGGUUCUCUUCCUCCGGACCGGGACCUCUCCGGACUGCUCACCGCAUUCCCAUGCUUUUCCGGGCACGGGACGGGACGCCCGAGGAACGCUCUGCUCUGCGGUAGGGCCGGCGUUCUCUUCGUCCCAAAACAUUCGCCUCGUACCCCCGGCCCGUGUGGGGAUGGGGAGUCCCUUCGCUGUGGCCGACAUCUGGAAUGAAGAAGACUUUAGGUUACAUUAGUGUUCAGCUAAGAUUGCACUGGUGCAGUGAGUAUAAUGGAGGGUGCCUAAAGUGCUCUCUCAUGUUUAAGCGAUGACCCAGGAUUCAGUACAUAGUCAGAUUUCAGGUGUUUGAAUGUUAUUCUUCAUAAACGACCCUGGAUCACCGAGCAUGUUAUACUUCUUGAUAGACUCAGAGUAGUUAUCCUUGGAAACGUAAAAAUCGAGUCUUUUUUGUUUUUGAGAAACCACGUUUUGGAAGAUUUUAGCACCAAAAACAUUUCUUUACCCACAACUAUUUAUUAAAAAGGUAAAGAGGGAAAAUCAAUGUCUAUAGAAAAUGUGGUGUGUAUUUCUGUACACGAUACAGACUCUUCAGGAUCGUUUUAAAGUAUGGACUUGCACCCGGAGAAAUAUGUUUUCUGUUGCAGUGGCUUUAUAUAUUUCUAAGUGGACUUAAAGCAAACUAAUAACAUGGUGUGUGGAAGACUUGUUUUUCCACACACUCAUGUGAAACCUUUGGUUUCCUUUAGAUUUUAGUUGUAGUUUUACGUUGGAAGUUAUAUAUAGAUUUUUUUUGGUCCUUGUAUUUUCUAUUUUCUACUUACCUUUUAAAAAAAAGACUGAUGGCUGUUUUAGAAAAACGAUGACCGCAACGAUUCAACUGGAGACCGUCACGACUGGAAACGCAUCGGCAAUACGCAUCGGUGGACGACGUGCUACACGUGCUACACGCGCUACACGCGCUACACGCGCUACAAGGUUCCCCAACAGCAACCGCCGGCUGUGAAGUCGCACGGCGUUAUUGUUUCCCAUUUGUUGUCGUGUUGCGAAAAACCCGAUCAUCCAGUUGCUUCACGUGCUGUUACCCAUUUAGGACGCGACACGGAAGGGCGAUUUGAUAAACGGUAAUUCGCGAUCAGGCUACCAUUUAAAUGCACAGGUUAUUUUUCAUGUUUGUUUAUCAGUUGGUGAUACGUAAAGGAAAGCAUAUAUUUUUCAAUGAUUACAGAGAAUGUAGACCUUCACCGGGUUUAGAAUAUAUAACAGAGAUAUAUAGCUAUAGAUAGAGUUUAUGACUAAAUUCCUGUAUUGCGAGCUGGGGCGGAGGUUAGUUUUCCACAUGAAAUUUUAUGCAAGACGAGGGCAAUGUAAGGCCUAUUAGCCACUUGAUGAUGUGCACUGGAUCAUUGGGAUAUACUGGAAUGGGAAUAUUUUCUGACAAAUAUUAUUUAAAAAAUAACCAAUCUGUAAAUGCGUUUUUUCUAACGAUAUUAAUUUUUUUGUACUAUUGUUCAGUCUGCAUGUUUUUUUUCUUUUGGCUUUCUUUUUUCUUUUCACGCAAAAAAGUGAUGUAACUGAGCUACUGUCCUCGAGGUCACAUGACCGCUACCUGUCCAGCUGUGCCAGUUAGCAGUCAUGUGACCCGGAUGGGGUGGGCGGGGUUGUGUAUAACUAAUCCUUUUUUUUAGUCAGUCCGAUAUUCAUCUUCUUACCGUGGAAUAUUCAUGAGGAGCGAGCAAGAAUUUUCUGAGAAAGAGUCUUGCGCUGCUUGUUUUGAGGUACUGGAGUGGACGAACGAAUUCAUGGACCCAUUAGCGCUUCCUGCUUCCUCUGGCUCGUGGUGAAGAUGGCGUUUUGUACAGUAACUGCGCUCAGCAUACUCCAUUUAACAGCACAACGAAACGCCCUCGGGGGGGCUCCUCUCUCCCUUCCCCGCGGGACGAGAGGACCUGCUGAAAUUUCUAAUCUGUGUUCUUUUUCUUAUUUGCAACCUCGGCAACUUUGUAAAUAUAUAUUUUCCUAUUCUAUAAUGUGUCAUAGGCUAUAACAAACCUCACAUAGUGUUUUUAUCCUCAUAAUGGUGAAUCUGCUUAUUUAUUGAAGACAGAUGGGUAACAGUAGAUGGCGCUAAAACCUUAUAAUGAGUUACCUUUCUUUGCAGGGGCAUUAUUCCAAAUUAAACAGCAGUACUGGGGACCAGCUGUGUUCUCAACCGUAAGGAUCGACCCCUCUCUGUACCUUCACCCCUGCAUAUCCUCCAUGUAGCCCUGGUUUAUGCUGUAGAUUUCUGACACCACAAAAAUAUUAUUGCCAUUGCCACUCUCUCAUUGUAAACCCCAAUGCUGGAAUCAUUUAAAGGAGGCUGUUUCUAUUCACAUACAUGUGUACACACACACACACACACACACACACACACACACACACACACACACACGCACACAUGCACACACACUCACAUGCUCACACACAC